AUCAGUUAUUCACCUUCCUAGAUCUGAGGAGAGGCUCUUUCAGCGGGACCAUAUGCUGACUAAUGCUGGAAAAUUGUGUCCAUAACAUCUCACUGUUAGUGGAAACCCAGAAAAGAAAAAGGCCAGGAUGGCAAGCUUCCCUGAAAUGAUUCCUGCAGCUUCACAACCAGGCCAACUCUAACUUCACUUCCAGGGCAGAAAUCAAAUGGAGGGGCAGAAACAACCUUGGUAUGAUAACAAUGAAGGAAAAGAAUGCAUUCCAAGCUUGUGUGCCUUUUGUUCUGCGGAACUAUAUAAACACUCAGACUCAGGCCCUCUUGCAUCUUGUAAGCACACACGGACACUCUGGUUGCCCUUUUCUUGGACCAAAGAUGGGUGCCUCCUUCAGUGCCUUCAACAAAUUUGGACUCCCAGGGCUGAGCACGGCAACUACCAAGCAAGUUUAUGAACGACAUUUCAAGAACAAGAAGACAAGCAAGUUUGAGGACUUCCAUAUUGCUUAUAUCGAGUUCUGCAAGUAUUUCAACACUGUAAUGCCCGGUCAAGAUUUCGACACUCCAUCGCUCGAAAAGAUUCAGGAGUUUUUUGAGAACGUCUGGUUGCCAGAGAAUGACGACGAGACAAGGAAGGACUUGUUUCUCAAGUUCAUGAAGGAGAAUGUCAAGGAAGCGACGGUGGACGACAGCUUCUUCAUCGUGGCAGGGGUCGCCGCACCCGUGGCGGCUGUCAUCGGCAAGAGGGCCAGCGGGCACAUCCCCUACGUCAAGAGCCUGAGGCUGGACAUGGUCCCCAACGUCAUCUUCGUGCCGGUGGUCACGCUCUUCGGCAUCAUGGGAGCCACCGCGUGGCAGAUGAGCAGCAAGAGCGCUGCGAAGAAAGAGGAGGCCAAGGAAGACGAGAAGCGUGCGGCAGAGCAGCGCAAGGAUCAAACCAAGGCGCCUUAGACUCUUGCCUUGUUUACCUCUGGUAUAUGCGUUGAAAAGCGAUAUGGAUGACUCGAUUACCUACUCGGUCAAUAACCAAGAGUUUUAUUUGGAACAUUUUAUGGUGCAUAAAUAAUCUCCUCGGUACAAAGUGUAAA